AUGUUUAAAAAAGCUUUAUAUAUCUCUGCAAGUCAAUUUGCCGUUAGAAAUGUUUUGAAAACUACUACCACAGGUGUCAAUUCACUCACACCAGUGUUUUCAUCAUUAUCAACUGUCAAAAGGCUAGCUAGCACAAAUAGUAAUAUUAGUUCUAGCGAUGCUAUUGAAAAAGAAACAUUUGUUUCCACAGAUAACGUUGUUGCUGAUUCCAAAGACGCCUUUACCACUACUUCCACCAACGAAAAAAAAAAUGACAUAGAAAAAAAAGAUACCCCUGAAUUAUUAGAAAAGUUAGAUGAAAAUGUUCAUAUUGAUUCUUUAAAAGACGCCAAUCUUUUGGAUGCUUCCAUUCAUAAAGCUUUAGAUAGACAAGGUUUCCGCACCUUAACACCUGUACAAAGUAAAGCUAUUAUUCCCAUUCUUUCCCAAGUGGACUCUGAUAUUAUUACAAGAGCAAAGACUGGUACUGGUAAAACUUUAGCUUUUUUAAUUCCAAUUUUUCAACACUUGGUCAAAACAAGGAGGGAAUCUCAAUAUAUGGUUAGAGCCAUUAUUGUUGCUCCAACAAGAGAUUUGGCUAUUCAAAUUGAAAAUGAAAUCGAGAAGGUCUUUUAUAAAAAUAAUUAUGGAUUACAAAAAUUUGAAACUCAACUUUUAAUUGGUGGAACCAAUUUAAGAGAGAGCAUCAAGAGAAUGGAAAAAAAGAGACCUAACAUUGUAGUUGCUACUCCAGGAAGAUUAAAAGAUGUUUUAAGUGAUGAAAGAGUUGCCAAGAGGUUUUUCAAAUUUGUUGAUUUCAAAGUUUUUGACGAAGCUGAUACUUUAUUAGAAGUUGGUUUCCGUGAAGAGAUGGAAGAAAUUAGCGAUAUGCUAAAUGAAAUUAACGAAAAUGGACUAAACCAUAUCAGAACUUUACUAUUUUCUGCAACGUUUAAUGAUAAAGUUGAAGCUUUAUCCAAUAAAUUGAUGAGAAAGGAAAACAAUACGUUUAUUGAUACAGUUGAUGAAAAUGAACCUGAAGUUCAAGAAAAAGUUGACCAACACGUAACGAUCACUUCUAAUUUGGCUCUUAACAUUUUAAGUUCUUUAGAAUACAUUAAAAAAAAUAUGGAUACUCAAAACUCCAAAAUCAUUGUUUUUUGUCCAAGUACAAAGUUCACUUCCUUAUACGGCACCCUGCUAACGAAAGUUUCUGAAGGAAAAUUUCCAGUUUAUACAUUGCAUGGUAAAUUGCAACAAAAUACCAGGACAAAUAUCGUUGCUCGUUUUAAGAAACAGGAUACCAAUAACAGUAGAGGUAAUAGAAACAGAAAUAGCAAUAACACGAGUGGUGGUGUUUUAGUUUGUACUGAUGUUGGUGCUCGUGGUAUGGAUUACCCAAAUAUCAAUCAGGUUGUUCAAGUUGGUGUUCCAACUAAAUUGGCUAAUUAUAUCCAUAGAAUCGGUAGAACUGCCAGAGCAGGUAAAACCGGGAAAUCUAUGUUAUUUUUAACUAAAGCGGAAACUAAUUUCUUGGAUGCUUUGUCUGAAAUCAAACAAGUUACAAUUGAGAAUCAACAAAAAGUUUCAAGCUUUGAAGAUGAACAAAUUAAAGAUGUUGUUUGUAAAGUUUUGGCAAAGGAUAUUGAUUUAACUGAUGAAGCCUUUACAACCAUUCUAGGUUUUUACAAGGGUGUGACUAAGGAAUAUAGAUUAAAUUUUGAACAUUUAUGUAAAGAUGUUGGUUUGAGUUACACCGAACUGCUUAGAGAAAGAGACAUUGAUGGAGAUAAAGAAGAAGGUGAAGAAAAUGAAGAUAAGAAGUUAUACAUCCCACAAUCUUUUGUCAAAAAUGUUAUUCAAGUUCCAAACAGAAGAUUAGUACAGUGGUUCAAUUUAGGUAAAUUUGUUAAGAUAGAAGAUAAUGGUUUUGAAAAUAAGAAUAAUAGGUUUAACAACUCUAGAGGUUCAUUUAAUAAUAAGUUUAAUAACCGUUAUAAUCAAAGAGGCUCAACUAGAUAUAACAACAGUGAACGUGGCAGUAAUAAUAGAAAUUCCGAUAAUAACUAUGGCAGUAGCAAUAGAAAUUCCGAUAAUAACUAUGGCAGUAAGUAUAGAAGAAAGGGAAGCGGUAAGAAUCCAUCCUUUCAUGAUGAUUAUUAA